AGAGAGUGAGUGAGGGAGAGAGAGAGAGAGAGAGAGAGAGGGGGGUGGAGUGAGCACUGUGCUCUCUCAGUGCUAGCGGACGGCCGUGGUGACGCGUGUGGACAUGGUUCUUCCUCUCAGGCGCUGAGUGCUGAUGUGAUUGGUGCCCUGGUUCAUCGCUUCACAGGCUGCUGCCCAUGAGCCGGAGCUCUGGGAGACACACACACACACACACACACAUCAACUGACAGACGCGUGCGUGCACACACACACAUUCACUCACUCACACACACACUCACGAUUCUCACAGAGAUUGGAUUGGACACAUUGCAGACCUCACUCACUCGCAGCACAGCUGUUAACUCCUCUCUCAUCACUUUCUACACCACCGAGAGAAACCUGAUUUCCUCUUCAGUCCUCUUCAGCUCUGGAAAACUUUGCCUUGUUUCCUGCUAUCAGAGAAGGGACUUUUUGAGAAGGGAGGGCUUCAAAUCUGAGCCUUUUGUGAGAUCCAGUCAGGACACAGAGGGACUUUAAAUCCAGCUUUUUCCUCUCUUUAACUCUUCUCUCUCGGUUUUGUUAUCUCUCUCGGUUUUUUCUCUCUGAGUUUUUGGGGGUCUUACUCCAUCUUCUGUUCUGUGACCCCCCACCCCACCCCACUCACACAGACACUUUUGACCCGACUGCCCACCUGCCCCAGGGGGUGGGGGCGCGCCAGCCGUCGCCGGCAUGCAGGUGUCGUUGGUGUGCACGGACCACCGGGGUGUGAGCAGGAGCACGGAGGACCGGCUGAACCGGCAGAAUGCCAACAGCCCCACCACCAAGAGCAAGUUCCGCGCCGUGGCCAUGGUGGCGCGAAGUCUGGGCCACCUGACUGUCCAGAACGCGCCGUCCUGCAGCGAACAGUGCUUGAGGACGGGCAUGAAAUAUAGAAACCUCGGAAAAUCAGGUUUAAGAGUGUCCUGCCUUGGAUUAGGAACAUGGGUAACCUUCGGGGGGCAGAUCACAGACGAGAUGGCGGAGCAGGUGUUGACUUUGGCGUAUGAGAAUGGUAUCAAUUUGUUUGACACGGCUGAAGUCUACGCUGCGGGGAAAGCCGAGAUGGUGUUGGGUAGUAUCAUCAAGAAGAAAGGAUGGAGGCGUUCCACUCUGGUCAUCACCACCAAAAUCUACUGGGGCGGAAAGGCGGAAACAGAGCGGGGACUGUCAAGAAAACACAUAAUAGAAGGUCUACGAGCAUCCCUGGAGCGUCUACAGUUAGAAUAUGUGGAUGUGGUGUUUGCAAACAGACCAGACCCCAACACGCCAAUGGAAGGAGAUCCAUUUAACACCUCAAAAUCAAGAACAUUCAUCAUAGAAGAGACGGUGCGGGCAAUGACCCAUGUAAUCAACCAGGGAAUGGCCAUGUACUGGGGCACCUCACGCUGGAGCUCCAUGGAGAUCAUGGAAGCAUACUCAGUGGCGCGGCAGUUCAACCUCAUCCCUCCGAUCUGUGAGCAGGCAGAGUACCACAUGUUCCAGAGAGAGAAGGUGGAGGUGCAGCUGCCUGAGCUCUUCCACAAAAUAGGUGUGGGGGCGAUGACGUGGUCCCCACUGGCUUGUGGGAUCAUCUCAGGGAAAUAUGACAGCGGUGUGCCCGCCUACUCCCGUGCCUCUCUGAAGGGCUACCAGUGGUUGAAGGACAAGAUCCUGAGUGAGGAGGGCCGGCGCCAGCAGGCGAAGCUGAAAGAGCUGCAGGCCAUCGCCGAGCGACUCGGCUGCACCCUGCCGCAGCUCGCCAUCGCAUGGUGUUUGCGGAACGAAGGGGUGAGCUCAGUGCUGUUGGGGGUGUCCAGUACCGACCAGUUGAUGGAGAACAUCGGGGCAAUCCAGGUACUCCCAAAGUUGUCGUCCUCCAUUGUGCACGAAGUGGAUAGUAUCCUAGGCAACAAGCCCUUCAGUAAAAAGGACUACCGUUCUUAGGGGAGCGGCGAGGGGUCGAGCGCUCUUGCCCGUAUCUCUGCAAGACUGAGCUUUUCACCGAACCAGACGUUGGCAUGAGGGAUUGGUAGUCACAGGGUCCCCGGGUGGACACCGGUGAAUUAAAAAUGGAUGAUGUGGAUACCACUGUGAAUGGUAGGGUGGAGGGGAGGGAGAAACCAGAGAAUGUAAGGUUGGAGGGAAAACACGUUCAACUGGCAGAUCAGCGAGACUGGUUCUUCGAGCAGAAAGCUUUUUUCAAAGCAAGAAAAAAAAAUGAGAAUUCACUGAAUAAAAAAGAAAUACUCCCACAUACUCACACAUAUACACACACACACCCGCUUGCUUUCUUAUCCUUUUGGCCCUCCUAGGAUUUGUGUUUUUCCUCUGGGAUAUGUGAAAAGAUCCCUUUCAGUGUGCUCCACAACCUAGGACAUUUUUUUAUGCUCAUUUUUCAAAAGAUCUGCCCAUUUAUUUAUUUAUUUCUGGUCCUCAAAUUACAUCUGUCCUCAUGCACUUUAGUAACUACUAACUUUAUCACAAGGAGUCAGGAAGACCAAACUUUCUUCCCUCCUUCAGAUCAUCUGCCAAAGUAGAGGCAUUGCUUUUGUACACUCAUCCUCCCUACCUGUCGUCAGCAUCUUCUACCAACCACCUUACUGACCAUGACAUGACUACAAAGCAGAUAGUCCAAUCAGUGGUUAAGAGCACCACUGCUAUACGUCCAACUUAUCCAAUACUCACUACAGUUGCAAACUUGGGUGCUUGGCCUUUCCCCCUAUUUCGGUUUAGAGAGAUGUUAUGAGAUAAAGUGAGACCCUUGGUGCUCAAAUUUGUUACCCUGAAAAUCUUUCCAAAAUAUUCCAAAAAAUACCUCAUAGAAUAAGAGAGAGUUGAAUGGAAGUUCUAAUUCUUAGGAAUACCUGGAUCUUACUUUCAUGAUUGGCAGCUCACAUCUAGACCUCUCCUGUGUCACCUGGCUCUUCUGCGCUGAGCAGUCUUCCAUCACACUCUCCAGCAGUGCUUUGACAGAGCCGGUUCCGGAUAUGGCCAAAGAUAAACCUCCCAGGCAAAGA